CCCAUAUUGUAGAACGUGAUCCUUGCAGUAGUAAAGAUGUCAUUGCCUACUACAAGUGUGACGGAUCAUUUCGUGAUGUAUGCUUUGGAAACAAUGCUGUGAAAUACGGAAAUUUCCCACAACCGCAUCCAUUAUCUGGCAUUCUGAAUGGAGCAGCAGAUUUCGAAUCGUCCCGUAAACUCCGUAUACCUAGCCUAAAUGCUUAUAAAUGGGGUUCGAAAUUAUCCGUUAGUCUUUGGUUUCAAAGCACUUCAAGAAGUACAGCGGGUAUAAUCAACAACGGCGCAGUAUACACUGAUGUAGUUCGUAACAAGACUAAGGUCGUACUAGGUAGUUGGGAAAUGCGAAUUACAAGAGGUGUAACAGAAAGCAAUGAAAAUCGCAUUGGUGCGGCUAUUGUGACAUCUCAUUCAGCGAAGGCUUGGGACAACAUAACUACGGUAUUUUCCAAUCACUGGCACCAUCUUAUCAUGGUGUAUAAUGGCAAGAAAGUUGGAUUUUACCUUGACAGCCACCUUAAGUUUAGCGAAAGUUUGCAUGGCGAAAUCGUGACAAAAAAUUCAGAGGUUGUGAUUGGGCAAACCAAAUAUGGCACGAAUUAUGGAUCUUACGACUACGGCGGUUAUUUUUCAGGGUUCAUUGAUGAAGUAAAGUUGUUCAAAAAAGCUUUGAACGCUCACGAGGUUCAACAGCUUUAUUGGCUUAAAAGUGUUUAA